AUGCCUCACCGCAAGGAGCGCCCGAGCGGGUCCUCGCUUCACGCCCAAGGCAGCGCCGGAACCGAGGAGGGAGGAAGCAUGUCCCGGUUGUCUCUCACCCGGUCACCCGUGUCUCCCCUGGCUGCCCAGGGGAUCCCACUGCCAGCCCAGCUCACCAAGUCCAAUGCUCCCGUGCACAUUGACGUGGGCGGCCACAUGUACACCAGCAGCCUGGCCACGCUCACCAAGUACCCCGACUCCAGAAUAAGCCGCCUCUUCAAUGGCACUGAGCCCAUCGUCCUGGACAGUUUGAAGCAGCACUACUUCAUUGACCGGGAUGGGGAGAUUUUCCGUUACGUCCUGAGCUUCCUGCGGACGUCAAAGCUGCUGCUGCCAGAUGACUUCAAGGACUUCAGCCUGCUGUACGAGGAGGCCCGCUACUACCAGCUGCAGCCCAUGGUGCGCGAGCUGGAGCGCUGGCAGCAGGAGCAGGAGCAGCGGCGCCGCAGCCGGGCCUGUGACUGCCUGGUGGUGCGGGUCACGCCCGACCUGGGCGAGCGCAUCGCCCUCAGCGGCGAGAAGGCCCUCAUCGAGGAGGUCUUCCCGGAGACCGGGGACGUCAUGUGCAACUCCGUCAACGCCGGCUGGAACCAGGACCCCACGCACGUCAUCCGCUUCCCGCUCAACGGCUACUGCCGGCUCAACUCGGUGCAGGUCCUGGAGAGGCUGUUCCAGCGGGGGUUCAGCGUGGCCGCGUCCUGCGGGGGAGGCGUGGACUCCUCCCAGUUCAGCGAGUACGUGCUGUGCCGGGAGGAGCGGCGGCCGCAGCCCACCCCCACCGCUGUCCGGAUAAAGCAGGAGCCCCUGGACUAG